AUGUAUAGCCAACAUAGGAUAAAAUGUGGAGCCUUGACGGAAGCUAAAGCGCAGGAGUUGGGGGUCAAGCUGGUGACUGUGGGGGCUUGGAGGAGUAGCGGGGACGCAAGCGCUAUGUGGACCACGACUGUGCAGCGCACUAAGAAAGCCGCGAGAGAGGAAUUAGGGGUCUCAAAAGGUUACUCUGGUGGUCACAAGGGAGACUGGUGGUGGUAUGGAGAUGUGCAAGGAAAAGUGGAAAUCAAGAAAGCAGCGUAUCUAAAGCUAGUGGAAAGUGUAGACGAGGAGGAGAAGAGGGAGAAUAGGGAGCUUUAUAAGUUGGCUAAGAAAGAGGCAAAGCUAGCAGUUACAGCAGCCAAGACUGCAACUUUUAGUCGUUUAUAUGAGGAACUCGAGGGCCAAGCAACUAAUACCUUCGCUUCUGCGGCAAUUUCAUCGCAGAAGCGACCUCGUAGAAGCGAGGAUUUCGUCGCAGAAGCGACCUUGGUAGAGCUGGAGGGAGGUCUCAGAUGCGGACAGUCUUGCGCACCUGCGCAAUCGCAUAUGCGAUACCUUGAAGACGCAGAAGCGGACUGA